GGAAUGAAAUGGUUAGGAAGUCAAACCAUAUGGACUAAAGUUGCGAAAACAAGCCGUCAUAAUAUAGGGUUUCAUCCACUAUAUAACCCAUCUCCGUUUACUCACCUUCCACCACCGUCCUCCAGCCACCGCUCGCCGCUCAUUCCUCCGAUCGACGCCAAGAUGAACGUAGAAAAGCUAAAGAAGAUGGCUGGUGCUGUUCGCACCGGUGGGAAGGGUAGCGUUAGAAGAAAGAAGAAAGCGGUUCAUAAAACAAACACAACAGACGACAAAAGGCUGCAAGCCACUUUAAAAAGAAUAGGAGUAAAUUCAAUACCAUCGAUUGAGGAAGUUAACAUCUUUAAAGAUGAUAUUGUUAUUCAUUUCUUGAACCCUAAAGUUCAAGCUGCUGUUGCAGCCAAUACUUGGGUCGUUAGCGGCUCUCCUCAAACAAAAAAAUUGGAAGAUUUUUUCCCGGGCAUUUUGGAUCAGUUGGGCCCCGAUGCUUUGAAAAUGUUAGCAGAGCAGUUCCAGAAGCAGAGACAAGGUGAAGGUGCGGGUGCAGGAGAAGGUGAAGCUACUAAUGCUGCCGCUGCUAUGACCACAAUACAUGAAGAUGAUGAUGAAGUCCCUGAACUUGUGGCAGGUGAAACCUUUGAAGCUGCUGCUGAGGAAGGACAGAAAUCCUAGGAUUUUUACGAGGUUACUUGCGUUUUUAUUUUUACAUAGAAUUUAUAGAUUCGCCAUGCGAUCAUCAGGUUGCUGUUGAAACGUUUAUUAUGGGGGUCGUGGUUCAUUUUAUGAACUUAUUUUCGCACUAGCGAUAAAAAAAGAACAAAAGGGUGCCCAUUGGGGUAUUGACAAUGUGACGAAACCGACAGGUCUGGAUUAUAUCGACUCAGAAGCAAAAGAAAUUUUGAAAAUUUUGAAACAUU